AGUUGCGGAACCGUGGUCGUCUUUUUUCCGUGGGCACGAAGAUGGCGGAGAGUUUUGAGGAGAUGAACGGCCAAAUGCAGGCCUCGCCUAGGAAAAGGCUAAGACGAAAUGAUAUGUCUAAGGUGACAGUUGUUUUAGGCGCACAAUGGGGCGACGAAGGAAAAGGAAAAGUUGUAGAUAUGUUGGCAACAGAUGCCGAUAUUGUGUGUCGAUGCCAGGGAGGUAACAAUGCAGGGCACACUGUUGUGGUAGAGGACCGUGAGUAUGACUUCCAUUUACUGCCAAGUGGAAUCAUCAACCCCAAGUGCAAGAGCAUCAUUGGCAAUGGAGUGGUGAUUCAUCUGCCAGGCCUGUUUGAUGAGCUGGAAAAGAAUGAGGCCAAGGGACUGAUGAAUUGGAAGGACCGCCUCCUUAUCUCUGACAGGGCUCACAUUGUGUUUGAUUUUCAUCAGCAAGUGGAUGGGCUGCAGGAGCUUGAGAAGGGCAAGAAAUCUCUUGGUACAACAAAGAAGGGCAUUGGACCAACAUACUCAUCCAAAGCCACACGUAACGGGAUCCGUAUAGCUGACCUGCUUGGGGACUUCAGCCAAUUUGUGGAGAAAUUCCAGGGGUUGGCAGCAGUGUAUCAGCGCAUGUUCCCAGACCUGCAGGUGGAUGUGGACGCGGAACUUGUCCGAUACAAAGUGUUUGCUGAGCGGAUUCGACCAUAUGUAGUGGAGUCAGUAUCGUACGUCCACUCUGCUCUGCGGAGAGGUCAGAAGGUGUUAGUGGAGGGAGCAAACGCAGCCAUGCUCGACAUAGACUUUGGAACAUAUCCAUAUGUGACUUCUUCCAACUGCAGCAUUGGGGGUGUGUGCACAGGCCUGGGACUGCCUCCAUGCAACAUUGGUGAAGUGAUUGGUGUUGUGAAGGCAUAUACCACCAGAGUGGGUGAUGGCCCUUUCCCCACUGAGCUGCUGGAUGCUACUGGAGACCUCCUGCAGACUCGAGGCAGUGAGGUUGGUGUCACAACCAAGAGAAAGCGACGCUGUGGUUGGCUUGACUUGGUGCUUCUUGAGUACACAACAAUGGUGAAUGGCUACAGCGUGAUGUGCAUAACCAAACUUGAUAUCUUGGACACACUGGCAGAGAUAAAGGUGGGCGUGUCAUACAAAAGUAAGGGCAAGAAGAUCAAUUACUUCCCGUCCAACACAGCGGAACUUGGGUCUGUGGAGGUGGAGUAUAUCACUCUCCCAGGCUGGCAGACUAGUAUAGAAGGUGUUCGAGACUAUGAGAAAUUACCACAGAAUGCAAAGAAGUAUAUCGAGAUGAUAGAGGAGAAAGUCCAAGUGCCUGUGAAGUGGAUUGGUGUAGGAAAGGAUCGUAACUCCAUCAUCAACGUGUACUAGCAGGCCUGGUCGGAUCCUUCAUGCCAUCUUCACAGCUGAUGUUGGAAGAACAGUGCCACUGCCUGCAGGUCAGGCUCCUCCUCUCAUGGUAAUGCAUCAGUCCUCUGAAAUUGCACACGUUUCAAUGUAUUGUAUCUACAAAGUUGAGGACCCGUACAGCUCAUUUCCAACAUGAACUUGCUGGUGUUGGUGAGCACAGUACACCUGUAGUGUUAUAUUUAGGUGCCGUUUUCAUUCUGUCUGCUCUUUGUGGUGAAGGACAUGUACACUGUUGCUAUUUAUGUGUUUUAGAGUUACGAGCUAAUCCUAGGUGAUGAUUCCUUCCACCGAUUGGUAAAAGUAUAUAUGUCAGUAUUUAAAAGGCAGGACUGCUGCAACUGUCAUGCCCUCGGAAUGAUCUCCUGCUUGUUUGUUGAGAGUGUUAUUAGGCAGGCAAGAUAGGCCAAAGAAAUUGUAAAUAUUUGAGCAUGAUUGUCCUGCUUUGUUUUCAGAUUGUUUUUAAAUAUUGUAAUGUACCCAUAAGCUGAUGGUGGGGCUGAAAUUUGAAUUAAUGACCUGUACUUAAAAUGUCAAGGAAACAAAUAUGCAGCGGGAACUAUUCUGGCUUUCUUCAGUCUACAAUGAAACAGUACACCCCAGUAUUCAAUGUAUAGGAUUUUUUUUCCAGUCAUGCUGAUUUCUUUAUCUUAUUUCCUGUCAAAAUACAGUGAAAAUGCCACUUCCCAUAACUUAUAUUACUUCUGAUCUUCAGUUCAUGUUUUAUUUUAUCUACUUCUUGUUACAGUGGUUGCUGUAUACGUUUUUCUUAUUUGAAAAAUUGUGUGAGGUUGUAGUUUUGAUCCAUAUCACACAACAAAAGCUAGUGUGCACAUUUCUGUAGAUACUAAAUACAAAAAGUAUUAACGUGAAAUAGUAGCCUUUGAUGAAUUAGCAUGUGUUGCAAACACUGAGUUUCUGUGGUGUGUUAUUGCACAUCAAGUACAUGUGCUCCCUGCCAUAAUCUUAACAUAAUUUGUUAAUGUCAGACCCCUCUUGUCAGCUUAUGGGAGCAGCACACAGAUUGCUAUGUUGCUCUGCUUAUUGAAUUUUGUGUGGUCCAGCACAAGCCUAGUUUUGCAGGAUAUCAUAUUGAACACAUGUAACUGAGUGUAUGUCUUCCCAGUGGACAGGGAGCCUCAUUGUGUCAGGUGUGCACAAACUUUUGCUAUAGCUAUGUGUUAAGAAUGUUAGUUACUAUGUAAGCUGUGAGAUACCAAUACACUGGCUGUUCCUCCUGG